AUGAAUAAAUUAACGAUUUGGAACAUUAAUAAGAGAGAGAGAGAGAGAUAUUACAUAAUGAUGAAAUAUUAAAUCUCGAUAUAUCCUAUGUUGAAAACCUCGGAGAAAUCGAAUCAAGAAAAGGAUGGCGUGUAUUGCUAAAUAUUUUGUAAUAAUUUUCUUAUUUAACAUUUUUACAAGUUCUGUGUAUCUUCUGGAUAAUGAUAAACGUAUCAAUGAUGUGAAAAUCAUUGAGGACCAUGAAGACGCUGUAGUUGCACAUGAAAAGCUUAAAUAUCACGAGUCGGCACAAAAAGAUAUACAUGAUGAAGGUCAGGAAUAUGACAUUGAUGAAAUUGAACAGGACAACAAUGAUGGGCUUGGUGACAUUGAUGAAAUUGGAGACAUAAAUGGAGAUGAAGAAGAGGACGAGUACCAAUUCCCCCCGUUAACGAGAUUAGAUCCUGAAUACGUGGGACAAGAAGUUUACUUGGAAUUAGUAGACGGCGUUAGGUUUAGACGAAUAACUCGAGCGAUGAAACCACCAGUUUUCGAAAUACCAGGCUUCCUCUCGGAUGAAGAAUGCGACUACAUUAUUGAAGCAGCUAAGGAUAAUGGUCUCGAAAUGAGUGCGCUGUUUGGCGAAGAUGUUGAGAAACAGUUUGACGCAGAUUUACCUCUAGAGAAGGUCACAAGGGUGUCACAACAGACAUGGUUAGAUGGGACACACAUAGGUGGCGAGUUCUGGGACAGGCUUCAGACUAGGAUCUCAAAACUUACAGAACUCCCAAUUGACAUGAUUCAGAGAGGAGAACCCAUGCAGGUUGUCAGUUACAAGGAAGGCGGACACUACCAUGCCCAUAUUGACACUGUUGAAUACAAUGACAAACCGUGUUGCAUCCAGACCGGAUGUGGAGAGAAGGAACUGACGCCUGAAUGGAAAGAAUGCUGCAGAUUGUGUAGGUACGCAACAGUGCUGUAUUACUUACAGGACGUUGAAGACGGCGGGGAGACGGCGUUUCCUCUGGCCGACGCCAAAGACAAAGUUUUGGAGGAGAAAUUUGCCGACGACAAUAAUGAUGACUGGCACAACCUCAGUUAUAAUUGCCACAAUUCCUCGUUGGUGGUGAAACCCAAGAAAGGGACAGCGAUCAUGUGGUACAACCACUUUGUCGACACAGAGACUGGUUAUCUCGGCGAAGCAGACCUGCGCUCGCAUCAUGGGGGCUGUGAUAUUCGGAAGGGGACGAAAUGGAUCGCAAACAACUGGAUAUCAUCAGUACCAUUCCAAGAUCGAUUUAAGCGAUCAUUGUUUUAUACUGGGCCCUAGAAAUAAAUUUUGCUUGUACUGAAAACUGUAACUAAAAAAGAAAAACUAAUAAAGACAUGGCCAUACCAAUCUGUUUAGCGUCCGCGGAAGGAUAUACUUUUGGAAUUCCAAUCGAUAACAGACAAUACAUGUUAUGUGACCUUGCCGAAUAUUUUUUUUAAAUUCCUUUUACUUUAAUUCUUUCUACAGAACUUAAAUGUAAACACCAAACUUCCUACCUAGUACAAGUAUUCUUGGCAUUUGAUAUCAGAAAAUGAUGAAUUCUGUGUGAUUUCCAUGAUCAACACACUUUUAUACAAGUUUCAUUUGAACUCAUUUUACGUAAAUAUUUAACAAUUGAGAAUGGUCCAGAAUGGAAUAAGGAGGCUCAGUUGGUGUCUAUAUUCUACUGAGAAUGUCACCCAUUUAAUAACCGUUUUUUUCGAGGGUUCGUAAGCUUUUAUAGAAUCGCUAGAAAGGUAUUCAUUUUUAACAUCCUUUUAUGAUUAGUGAUAUUAAAUUAUUUAAGUGCAUUUUUCUUUUCAUUUGACAAUUUCCUCAGAUAUGUCCCUGCAAUACCAUAUGCUUUGCGCUGCUUUCUUUAUUUUAUAGGGCAAUCUGCUUCUGCUAAUUUUUGCAUUUUUGGAUUUGAGUAAGAUUUUUUUCCAAUAUUAAAUUUAGAUAUAUGCACAUCGUCAGAAUAAUCUUGUAAUCGUCAAUUCAAAAUCGAUGUAUUUAUGAUAAUUUAAUAUGAUUUUAUUUCAUGUCUUAACAUUUUUGCUAAUACUAUUUAACUUUUAAUCUUAUUUGAAUGCAUCUUUUAUCUUCAAGGUUCUGUGUUCCAUUAUUAAUAUGUUAUUUGAUUAGCAUUUUGUCAGAAAAUAGCUCUGCGAGCUAGUGCUGUAAUUUAUGUAUAUCUGACGUGAAAUAAAAUUUUGUUUGAACUAAG